UGAAAAAAUCACUAAAAAUUCUUGUUAUUAAUGUUAUUAUCGCAUAUUUGCGUAUUUGUUUGUAAUUUUUGGUGAUUUCUUUCAAUUUAACAUUUUAACGUACGUUAAGACGUCUCAUGUAGCGUAUAAUGCAGACUCUGCUGGAUGAUUGUAUUCGACGACGUACGACAAGAUCGUCAAAACUCCAUCGUAUGUAAUCUCGGCUAUGGAUAUUACAAUUGUUAAGUGAAAAUAAGUUGUAAAACAAUAACUACUAAAAUUGGAGAAAACAAUGGAACAAAAGAUUUGGAUUUGGAUAUUAUGUAGUGUUUUAUUACUUGCAACAACUUGUAAUUGUGCUAGCCGCAAAAAAUCUGAAGAAGUCAAAUGCCAUUAUUACAAUCAAACUACUUGUGCCAAUUCUGAAAAUGAGGAAGGUUGUACUAGUAUUCAAAAUUGUAAAGCUGGGGAUAAUGACAAACCUUCAUAUUGUUAUGCUGUAUGGACAAAUAAUACUAAGACGAAUAAAUUAGAAAUUAAGCUUAAGGGUUGUUUCUUAAACAAUGUUGAAUGCCAAGGUCAAAAACAAUGUAAAGAAAAAAAAGGAGAAAUUGAACCUAAUGGCCUAUUGUUUUGUUGUUGUGAAGGAGAUUAUUGUAAUUCAGAAAUUAUAUGGGACCCUAUCCCGACAACUCCUCGAAUAGAGACAACAUCUGCAAAACCAUUACGUGAUGAUAAUGAAUUAAUACAUACAAUAGUGUUUUCUACCAUACCUUUGGUAGCUGUAGCAAGUAUGUUUCUAUUUGUCUAUUGGGUUUACAAGCGAAGAAAAAUACCUCAAUUUUCUCAUUGGGUUCCGUCGUCUGAUAGCUCCCACUUGGGAAAUUGUUCACCUAUUCUUAGCAAUCGUCCAAUACAACUAGUUGAAGUGAAGGCAAGGGGUCGCUAUGGUGCUGUUUGGAAAGCUCUUCAUAAGAAAGAUACAGUAGCUGUUAAAAUAUUCCCUCCUCAGGAUAAAAACUCAUGGUUGGUUGAACAAGACAUAUAUCAAUUACCACACAUGCAACAUGACAAUAUGCUAUCCUUUAUUGGGGCUGAAAAACAUGCUAGUGUUAUUGAAGGCGCCAAAAAUGAAUAUUGGCUGAUUACUGCUUACCAUGAUUAUGGAUCAUUAUGUGACUACUUAAAAUCGAAUAUAUUAACUUGGGAUCAGCUCUGUCAUAUUGCCCAAUCUAUGACAAGUGGUUUGAUGCAUUUACAUGAAGAGAUCCCAUCAGAACGUUCAGAUCAGUAUAAGCCAGCCAUUGCACAUAGAGAUUUUAAAAGCAACAAUGUUUUACUUAAACAUGAUUUAACUGCAUGUAUCGCUGAUUUUGGUCUCGCCCUAGUUUUUCAACCCGGCAAGUCAUGUGGUGAUAUACAUGGGCAGGUUGGCACAAGAAGAUACAUGGCACCAGAAGUACUAGAAGGGGCUAUCAAUUUUUCAAGGGACGCAUUUUUAAGAAUAGACAUGUAUGCAUGUGGAUUAGUACUAUGGGAAUUGGCAACUAGAUGUACAGCACAACAAGGUGCUAUACCAGAUUAUAGAUUACCUUUUGAAGAAGAGGUUGGACAACAUCCAUCAUUGGAAGACAUGCAAGAAUGUGUAGUACAUAAAAAACUAAGACCGGCUUUCAAAGAUAGCUGGAAAUCACAUCCAGGUUUGAUAGCUCUAUGUGAUACAAUGGAGGAAUGUUGGGAUCACGAUGCUGAAGCUAGGUUGUCAGCAUCAUGUGUAAUGGAACGCAUUACAUGGCAAUGUCGUCAAUAUAAUGGGACUGCAGUAACAUCGUUAGCACAAUAAAAUAUUUUAUUUAUAUAAUAGAAUAAUAUACAUCAGCAACCUAGCUUCUACAGAAGAAGACAUUGGUGUUUCCUUUUAUGUAAGUUAACUAUCUAAGUUACUUUGUAUACUCCUUAAGUAAUUUGAUUGUUGAUGUACAUAAGUAGUAAGUGAAUACGUCCAAACCCACCCACCUCUUCCCACAUCCUAAUGUUUUCUUUUUAACCUAAUCAAUAUAGAUACAAUCUAUAACCCUCACAUAAACAAUAUUUGCUAUAACUAUAGCAAAAUAAUCUCAUAGUUAUGGUAAUGUAUAAUCAUAUACAAAACAUUAUGGGAGGGGGAAUUUUCCAAAAGAACGAUCACUUACUACUUAAAUAUAUUUAGGUGUAUAUCAGUUUUUUUCAUUAAUUGUUGUAAACAAUCCAGAAAACACUAAAAGAGGAUCUGGAAUGGAAUAAUAUUGUAUUCUGCAUUUUGGAAAAAAUCAAUUUUGUUGAAAUUUAGUUUUAUUGAUUUAUACAAUAUUAUUUAAAUAUUAAAUACAUUUUGAUUAAUAAAAUUCAAUCAUCAGUUAUUUAAUAUAUUUGUCGUACAUUGUUAGUCUGUUUAAAAACAGAGUACCAUAAUUAUACUGUUUUAGUUUUCAAUAUUUUUGUCAUGAAUUUUCUUAUUUGUAUCACAUAUGAUGACAAAAUAUAUAACUGAAAUUGAUUUUCUCUAUUUGUAUGUGUAUCUUAAAUUAAUACCAUUAUAGUUAAUAAUUAUUAUAUUCUUCUACCUCAAGUUUUAUCCACCCUUAUCUUAAAAAAAUGUGCCAAUAUUCUUAAGGUGGUAUUUACUGAGUGUAAUAUAUAUAUUGUACAUAAUAUUAGUCAAAAAUAAGUUUUUAAAUUUAUUUAUUAAACAAGUUUUAUAGGAAUACUUGUUAAUUGCAACAAAUUAAAAUCUAAAUGUUUAACCUAAAAAUAAUUACUUAACAACAAUAUUUUCACGUCCUAAUUUACUUGAUGUAUGGAGUACAUAGUUUUCGCAAGUUUAAUUUUUAGAUACUGUGAAUAUAACUAUGUUAACAGAGCGCUUAGUCUUAUUGUUAUAAUACUUAUUGUCAAUGUAUUAAGGGUGCCUCGAGUAAUUAACAGAAAUAAUAAAAUAUUAAUGUACCUGUAAACUCCUCUGUAUAGUUUAAAUAAGCCUAAAAUAUUGUUACCUAUGCCACAACAGUUCCACAAACAAAUUGUACAAUAUUUUUUAUUUGAACUACUUAACUAGUUGCAAUUUAUAUGACAUGGUAAAUAAAAUAUAUUAAUUAACAGAAUGAAAAAAAAAUCUAUUUUAUCGGGCACCCCAUAUUUUUUUGGGAAAGAUGGGGGAGGGGGGGUUAAUGUUUGUAGCAUAAACUCAAUGUGGUUUUAUAUAAUAAAUUACUAAAUAUUUUUUAAUUUGAUAACUUAUAUAAUUCACAAAUUUUAUUUUUUGUUUUAAAAAUACCAACAGGCUAGUGACAUAAAGUUUAAAUUACCAUAACAAUUUAAUAAUAAGAAUACUAUUUUCCUCAUGUUCUGAACAGUACAUUAUUUAAACUUAAAAAUUGUAGCUAAGUAAUUAUUUCACAUAAUUUUUAUUUUCUCUCCCUUGUACUCUUUUCAUUAUUGUUGCCAUGUAAUCUUUAAUCUUAAUUUAUUUUAAUCUGUAAAUGUGCUGUAUUUUAUUUAAAAAAAAUAUAUAUUAGGUUUAAGGUUUUAAGAUUUCUAUAUAAGCCUAACACAAAGUUAAUGACACAGGUAUUGAAAUAAAUUAUAGCUAAAAUAUUAUUGUGUAAUGUUUAGAUAUUAUGUAAGCAGGGCCGGCCAGCUGAAGCUAUGGGUGAAUGGGUGAUGCGAAAAAUUGCCCAGGGUAUCACCCACAGAGGGGCUCAGAAUUCAAAAAUAAAAAGAUUUUUAUUUUAAGAUUUAUUUACAUUUUUACAUUUUAAAUCAUUUUUUUAAUAAUUUUUUUUUUUAAAUGAGUUAGGUACUAAAAUAUCGUAAAUGAUUAGUGUAACAUGCAUACACUUCUAGGUUAUAACAAUAAUGAUGAUAUUUUACA